UGCUGUGAGCGCUGUGUGAGGGAUUUUGUCAGUCGCAUGGCUCUGAAGUAUCACUUUCACCAGAAGCAUCUUGGAAAAGUUCACUGUGAAAAAUGUGGCCAAGAAGUCCUGAGGGAGAAGCUCCAAGAUCACAGUAAGGUACAAGUGGGUACGAUCUGUAUGUGACAGGUCAACCACAGAGACACACAAGCUAAACUGGGAAAAUCUAGAAGAAAGGAAUAUAAAGCAUAUGGCUACAAAAGUAUCAAAAACCUGUAUGAUGUGUUCUAGGCACUUUGAAACAGUCCUUAGUCGGGAGAACCACGAAAUGCAAGAGCAUCACUUCACAGCCAGUAAAAGAGCCCGAAUGUCUACAAGAUUUUCACCUCAUAAUAUGUUGGAGUGUAAAAGUCCCCAACAGCUACAGAGAUUUGCAGGUGAAAAAAUCCGCCCUGCCUCGGGUCCUCUGAGCACUGCUUGUGUGGCUGAAAUUGGUGCCCUGGUCCAGCUGAUCUGGGGUUGCUUUCCGGUGCCGGCCUCCCGAGUGAUCCAGGAUGGUUCUUAUAUAAAGGGGACUGACACCCGAGGAUGCUCUGAGAUUGACAUUGUGUUGUUCAGUGACGUGUUUGCCAAUGUGAACCAUCGCAAGAAACAACUGAGAGAAGAGUUGGCUGCUCUGAGAAAAAACUUGAAGCAAACUUCACUCGGGAACAGGAUUCUAAUGGGGAAGAGAGCACCAUUGUCUUUAAGAUUCAAUUUCUUAUGGACUGAAAGUCUUCACAGCCAUUCUUUUGAGAUCAUGGCCUACUACGAUGUCCUGGGGCCUACACCUUCUACAGGUAAGACUUAUUUGUUUUGUUUCCCAGGAAGCCUUUAAAAUGGCUGCUCAUUCAAUACGUAUUUAUAGAGGACUGACCACAU